AUGGAUAGAAUGCCUUCAUACUUUGGAUUGGGAUGGAUGAGAUGUGUAUCAGCUGAAUUAUAUUAUGUUCGUGAUGGUCAAAUUAAUGAUUAUGCAUUAAAUUUUGUUGUACCGGUACCAGCAAAUGUUAAAGAAAUAGCAUUUACAUGGCAAAGUUUAGCUGGCCGACCAUUACCAUAUACAAUUAAUAUUCAAACAUCAGAUCCAGCUGUAUUACCAAGACCAGUUUUAAAUAUUUCAAGAGCUGGUGAAAUUCCAAUUGAAAUUCAAACAUUUUCAAUAUCAAUGAAAUGUUCUGGUAUAAGACCAGCUGAAGUUGAAGUUACAUUAUUAAUUGAAGUUACAUUGAAUCGAGCAACAAAUAAUGUUACACAAUUACAAUUUCGUAGAAAGAAAAUAUGUUUGACUGGUGAUCAAGAUGAUAAUAAUAUUGAUGAUCCAUUAUUAAUGGAAACUGCUGCACCACCACAAAGUGGUUUAAUUACAUUAAUAAUUGGUGGAAUAUUAGCUAUAGUUUUAGUAGCAUCAUUAUUAUUAAUUGCAUAUUGUGCACGUGGACCAACAAAACGUAAUAGUCAUGGACAACCAAUGCGUACAUCAAGUUUUCAAAGAUUACAAACACAACCACCAUCAGCUCCACCAUCAGUAUAUAUUACAUCAUCAACAAUUAUACAUCAAACACAUUCAACAUUACAACGUCAAAAAAUGGAAUAUCAAGAACCGGAAGAAUUACAUCGUAGAAUAGCUGAAUUAACAGUACAAAGAUGUCGUGUUCGAUUAUCUAGUUUAUUACAAGAAGGUACAUAUGGUCGUGUCUAUAAGGGUACAUAUAAUGAUCAACAAGAUGUAUUAGUUAAAACUGUUGCACAACAUGCUAGUCAAGUUCAAGUAUCAUUAUUAUUACAAGAGGGUAUGAGUUUAUAUGGUGCUAGCCAUGAUGGUAUUCUAUCAGUACUUGGUGUUUCAAUUGAAGAUCAUACAACACCAUUUGUUUUAUAUCCAGCACCAAAUAAUACAAGAAAUUUAAAAUUAUUUUUACAAGAACCGGCAUGUGCACGUUCUGUAACCUCAAUUCAAAUUGUAAUGAUGUCAAAUCAAUUGGCAACCGCUUUAGUACAUUUACAUAGUCAUGGUGUUGUUCAUAAAGAUAUCGCAACAAGAAAUUGUGUGGUUGAUGAUCAAUUGCGAGUUAAAUUAGCAGACAGUUCAUUAUCAAGAGAUCUAUUUCCAGGUGAUUAUAAUUGUUUGGGUGACAGUGAAAAUCGACCAAUAAAAUGGUUAGCUCUGGAAGCACUUCAAAAGAAAGUAUUUACAGAAGCUAGUGAUGUAUGGGCAUUUGGUGUUUUAAUGUGGGAAAUUUUAACAUUUGCAAAACAACCGUAUGCCGAAGUAGAUCCAUUCGAAAUGGAACAUUAUUUAAAUGAUGGAUACCGUUUAGCACAACCAUAUAAUUGCCCUGAUGAAUUAUUCCACAUAAUGGCGUAUUGUUGGGCAAUGUCACCAUUAGAGAGGCCAACAUUUACACAAUUACAAGCAUGUUUAUCUGAUUUUUAUACCCAAAUAACACGAUAUGUAUAAAUUAGAAAAAUUACAAUUUUUUUUUUUUAAAUAAAUAUAAAUUAGUUUAAAUGAUAAAAUAAAAAUAAAUAAAUAAAAUUAAGUAAAACAAAAAAAUAUAAAUAAUUUGUACGGAAUACAAGUUACAAAA